AUGGGGGACGUGUCCCCGACUCCGCAGCAGCUUCUUGUAGAAGCUGUUAUCUUCUGGAGCAUAGCGAUUGUGAUAUACUUUGGGCGAAUUGCUUCGCGUACCAUUGCCAAUGGAUCCAUUAAACGCUUAUUUUGGGACGAUUAUGUUAUGACAGGAACCUUCAUGAUAUACACCUCGUUACUGGUCUUGAUCCAGAUAUCCGCUCGCUACGCAACAAACCUGAUGGAUCCGAAAGAUUACGACGAGGUCCUGGCAGAUCCCCAACAAGUCAGUGACAGGAUCUUCGGCAGCAAGAUCGUGAUCGGAUUAGAACAGUGCAUGCUGUUUUCAACAUGGGGUGUUAAAACCUGCAUGUUGAUUCUCUACUGGAGGAUCACUCAAAACCUACGGUCGAAUCUUUACAUCAAGAUUCUAUCCGUAUACGUCGCACUCGGUUUCGUUGUCAUCAUGAUCUGCUACUACGUAAUUUACUGCCGACCCUUCUCGCAAUAUUGGGCCAUGCCAGUAAAGAACAUGCAAUGCGCAACGUACCAGCGAUACUCGAUUACACAAGCUGUCUUCAACAUCUCAUCGGACGCAGUGAUGCUCGCCAUCCCAAUUCCACUCAUAAUAAAGGCCCAGCUCAAGCAGGAAAGAAAAGUCAUACUCCUUGGCGUCAUGAGUCUGGGUCUGUUCACCAUCGUCGCUGCAACUCUCAACAAAUACUUCAACUUCGCCUCACCUCUCACCACGACCUACCAAAUCUGGUACAUCCGCGAAGCUAGCACCGCUAUCUUUGUCGCGAACCUCAUGUGCUGGUGGCCACUACUCCGCAAAAUUUUCGGCCUCACAGCCUUCUCCUACAAUAGCAACCGGGGCAGACGUGCCAACGACCGAAACAAGGAUAGCGGCUAUUCCGGGUCCGAAUCGCGAUCGCGCCCGUCAUUCUCUCUACCUCAGACCCUCGAGAAAUUCAAGCCUCCUUGUCGCAAGAAUGCGAAAACUGCCCCACUCGCUAGACACUCUCGGAACGGUAACACCCACCGAUCUAGCCAGGAAGCUAUUACUCAGGUCUCUGGUGAACAUGAUGAUCCGAAUCAGAUGGAGGAGUAUAAUAUGCAGGACUGGACUAAGAAAGAUAGUCGGGGGGGGUGA